CUGCACUCAGGAAUCACUCCUGGCUGUGCUCAGGGAACCCUAUGGGACCCAAGGGAUUGAACCCGGGUUGGCUGCAUGCAAGGCAAGUGUAGCUGCUGCCGCGGGACCAGCGCCCUGACCCCUGCCAUGGAUGGGGACAAGGCGCCCAGACUCAGGGACUUCCUGAAAGGGAGCCUGGCCAGUUGGGCCUUGGGACUGGCCCACCUGGUGGGGGAGGCGGAGGAACCCGAGGAGCUAGAGGGGGCGGAGGAAGGAGAGGGGCCCCUCGGCUGGGAGAAGAGCUUCUUGCGUCUCAGCGACGGCGCGCUGCUCCUCCGGGUGCUGGGCAUCAUCGCCCCCAGUUCCCGAGCGGGACCUCGGAUGAUCAGGGGCCGUGAAGACCCCAUAGCCCGGCGGGUGCGGAACCUCAGUCACCUGUGGGGACGUCUGAGGGACUUCUACCAGGAGGAGCUGCAGCUGCUGGUCCUGCGGCCUCCCCCGGACCUCCAGAACUUGGGGCUUGACCCCUUCUCAGAGGAGGCGGUGGAGGCGCUGGAGAAUGUCCUGCGGCUGCUCCUGGGGGCGGCAGUGCAGUGUGAGCACCGGGAACUCUUCAUCCGGAACAUCCAGGGCCUCAGCCUGGAGGUGCAGAGCGAGCUGGCCGCUGCCAUCCAGGAGGUGACCCAGCCUGGGACCGGGGAGGUGCUGGCGCUGGCCGGGCCCGAGCCCGGGGAGUUGGCGGCCCCGGAACUGGAGCUGCUCUCCCGGAGCCUGAUGGGGGCGCUGCUGAGGCUGGCACGGGAGCGUGACCUGGGGGCUCAGAAGCUGGCUGAACUGCUGCUGGAGCGAGAGCCAGCCCCCUUAUUGCCUGAGGCUCCCACUAGGACUCCCCCAGAAGGCCCCUCACACCAUCUGGCCCUGCAGCUGGCCAACGCCAAGGCGCAGCUUCGACGCCUGCGGCAGGAGCUGGAGGAAAAGGCCGAGGUGCUGUUAGACUCCCAAGCGGAGGUGCAGGGCUUGGAGGCCGAAAUCCGGAAGCUCCGACAAGAGGCCCAGACGCUGUCGGGGCAGGCGAAGCGGGCCGAGCUGUACCGAGAGGAGGCCGAGGUGCUGCGGGAGCGGGCGGGCCGCCUGCCCCGCUUGCAGGAAGAGCUGCGACGCUGCCGGGAGCGGCUGCAGGCGGCAGAGGCCUACAAGGGUCGGCUGCAGGAGGAGCAGCUGCUGUCGGAGGCGCUGGAGGCCUCCAAGGCCCUGCUGGAGGAGCAGCUGGAGGCCACGCGGGAGCGCGCGGCGCGGCUGCACGAGACCCAGCGCGAGAACCUGCUACUGCGCACGAGGCUGGGGGAGGCCCAGGCGGAGCUGGGCUCUCUGCGCCACCAGGUUGACCAGUUGGCUGAAGAGAACGUGGAGCUGGAGCUGGAGCUUCAGCGGAGCCUUGAGCCUCCCCCUGGAUCUCCCGGGGAGGCGCCCCCUCUGGCGGCAGCCCCCUCCCUUCACGACGAAGUGAGGGAGGCCGAGGGGAGCCGCCUGCGGUCCCUGGAGCGGGAGAACCAGGAGCUUCGAGGCCUGUUGCAGGCGCUGCAGCGCCAAUCCAGAGCCUCGCACCCCCUGCUGGACGACUUGGAGGUGCCCCGGCUGGAAGCUGCUCCCCAGAUCGGCCUCACCCCAGACCACAGCACCCAGAGUUCAGGGACGCCAACCAGGGAGGAAGGCUCUCAGGCCUUGGACUUGGCUGCCCCAACAGCGAACUCUGCCCUUGAGGGACUCGCUGAGUGCCCCCCGUCACCCCACUCUCACCUGCGGGAGCUGGAGGGGCCCCUCCCAGUGGCCGCCCUGGCACCCCCGAACUCGGUUUCACCAGAAACACAGGAGUCCCUAGAGAAGGCCGGCCCUGGGGAUUCCCCAGGUCCCCCGGCUUCUAGGGAGCCCCUUCAGGGUCCAGAGAUCGAAGUUCAGGGCCCGUUGUCUCGGGGAGGAGAGGCUGAGGCCUUGGGGCCUAGAGACCCAGGGCAGGAUCCACCCGGGGCAUCCUCAGAGGCUCGAGGGCAGGAGCCCCGGCGGGAGGGGGACCCCAACCUGCCAAGUCCUCAGCACAAGUCAGAAGGGGAGCCCCAGACGCAGGCCUGGGAGGGGCCAGGCCAGGGGGAGAGCCCUGCUGGUGAAGAUGCAGAACGGGAGGCCCUCAGGGAGGAGGUGGCCCAGCUAAGGAGCGAGGCCGAGGCCCUGCGAGCUGCACUAGAGACCCAAGCCCGGAGGCUGGAAGCCCAAGGCAACCAGCCAACACCCCAGCACAAGUCGGAAGGGGAGCCCCAGCCACAGGCCUGGGAGGGGCCAGGCCAGGGGGAGAGCCCUGCUGGUGGAGAUGCAGAACGGGAGGCCCUCAGGGAGGAGGUGGCCCAGCUAAAGAGCGAGGCUGAGGCCCUGCGAGCUGCACUAGAGACCCAAGCCCGGAGGCUGGAGGCCCGAGGCGUGGAGGCCGCCCGUCUGUCUGAAGAGCUGGCUGAGGCCCGGAAGGUGGAGGCCGAGGCCCACCAAGAGGCAGAGGCCCAGGCCCGGGAACUGGCCCGGCUGCGAGAGGCUGUGGAGGCUGCCGGCCGGGAACUGGAGGCCGCUUCUCGGGAGCGGGAGGCCUUGGCAGAGGCGCUGGCUGCUGCGGGCCGGGAGCGGAGGCACUGGGAGCGUGAGGGGCCCCGGCUGCGGGCUCAGGCCCAGGAGGCUGAGGAGAGGCUGCAGGCACAGGAGAGGGAGGCCCGCCAGCACCUGGAGGAGGCUGCAAGGGAGCGGCGUGAGAGGCAGACGGUCAGCGAGGAGCUGGAGAAGGCUAUGCUCCGGGGCCAGGAGCUGGGGGCUCGGCUGGAGCGGCUGCAGGGUGAACUAAAGCAAGCGGCUCUGGAGCGCCAGGAAUUUCUGCAACAACAAGAGUGCCAACACCAGAGGUACCAGGGCCUAGAACAGCGGUUGGAAGCUGAACUGCAGGCAGCAGCGACCAGCAAGGAGGAGGCGCUCCGGGAACUGAAGAACAGGGCACUGCAGCUGGAGGAGGAGCUGUUCCAGCUGCGCCAGGGCUCGAGGGGGCUGCAGCCGGAGGACUGCGCUGAGCGGGUGAUCCCGGAGGUCCACAGUGGGCGGCUCAUCGAGGUGGAGCGCAGUAAUGCCACGCUGGUGGCUGAGAAGGCGGCGCUGCAGGGGCAGCUGCAGCGUCUGGAGGGACAGCUGGGGACCUUGCAGGGCCGGGCCCAGGACUUGCUGCUGCAGAGCCAGCGGGCCCAGGAGCACAGCAGCCGCCUGCAGGCUGAGAAGUGUGCCCUGGAGAAGCAGGGCCAGGAGCUGCACCGGAAACUGGGGGUGCUGGAGGAGGAGGUGCGGGCCGCCCGGCAGUCCCAGGAGGAGACCCGGGGGCAGCAGCAGGCCCUGCUGCAGGACCACGAGGCGCUGGCCCAGCUGCAGCGGCGACAGGAGGCCGAGCUCGAGGGGCUCCUGGUCCGCCACCGGGACCUCAAGGCCAACAUGCGGGCUCUGGAGCUGGCCCACCGGGAGCUGCAGGGCCGCCAUGAGCAGCUGCAGGCCCAGAAGGUCAGUGUGGAGUCCCAAGAGGUGGCCCUGCUGGCGGAGCGGGAGCGCCUGGUGCAGGACGGACAUCGGCAGCGGGGCCUGGAGGAGGAGCUGAGGAGACUGCAGGCAGAGCACGACAGGGCCCAGAUGCUGCUGGCCGAGGUGUCCCGGGAGCGCGGGGAGCUGCAGGGCGAGCGCGGGGAGCUGCGGGGCCGCCUGGCGCGGCUGGAGCUGGAGCGGGCGCAGCUGGAGGCGCAGAGCCAGCGGCUGCGUGAGUCCAACCAGCAGCUGGACCUGAGCGCCUGCCGGCUGACCACGCAGUGCGAGCUGCUGACGGAGCUGCGCAGCGCCCAGGAAGAGGAGAACCGGCAGCUCCUGGCCGAGGUGCAGGCCCUGAGCCGUGAGAACCGCGCGCUGCUGGAGCGCAGCUUGGAGAGCCGCGACCACCUGCACCGCGAGCAGCGCGAGUACCUGGACCAGCUCAACGCCCUGCGCCGCGAGAAGCAGAAGCUGGUGGAGAAAAUCAUGGACCAGUACCGCGUGCUGGAGCCUGGGCCCCUGCCCCGGACCAAGAAGGGCAGCUGGCUGGCAGACAAGGUGAAGAGGCUGAUGCGGCCCAGGCGGGAGGGGGGCCCCCCUGGGGGGCCGCGCCUGGGGGCCGAUGGGGCUGGAAGCACCGAGAGCCUGGGGGCCCUCCCAGAGGCGGAGCUGCCCGAGGGCCGGGAGGCAGAUGGGACAGGGUCCCCCUCCCCGGCACCCAUGCGCCGGGCCCAGAGCUCUCUCUGCCUGCGAGACGAGACUCUGGCCGGGGGGCAGCGGCGGAAGCUCAGCUCCCGGCUCCCGGUGGGCCGAAGCUCUGAGUCAUUCAGCCCGGGGGACACCCCCCGUCAGAGAUUCCGACAGCGAAGACCGGGGCCUCUGGGCGCACCCAGCUUCCAGGGCAAAGGAGCUGGCGCGGGAUGGGGGGGGCUCUGUGGAAACGCUGUCGGAACACGAGACAGAUGCCGAUGGAGAGGCCCUCCCGCAGGACCCGGAGAAGUGUCCUCUCGCCCCGUCCCUCAGCCAGUGACACCUCGGCGUGGCCUGCGACCGUGACACUGCCACCCACUCGUCGCUGCAGCUUCCCGGGAGGAUCCUGGCAGUCCAGGAACUGGGGGUCUGAG